AUGCCCGCCUAUGACCCAGUGUUGGCUCUAUGCCAAGAGACGGGUUGUCUUGGACAGUGUGAUGUUGUAUUGUCGCACGGAGUUCCUGUGAACUGGGAUGUAAUACUUGGCUUUUUCCGCGUUCACUUGACGGGGCAUUUCAAAUUUCUGAAUUGGAAAGAUACAGUUAUUUGUAGAUUAAAGCUGAAGAUGACUUUUGGAAG